CCACGCUGAGGCGAAGCAGUGGGGAGAGAGAAAAUUAGGCAUCCUAUUUGUUAAAUAAAAAACAUAUUUGAUUCUAAAAUUCGAAAGAUAAGUAAUCCAGACAGGAGCGCAAGGUCUUCUCCUUACGCAACUCUUCUACAUCCUCCCUCUUGUCCCCUCCCUUACCCCCUCCCGCUUGUAAAUGUUAAAAAAAAAAAAAAAAAAAAAAACCUUCCCGACGAUCUACUCUGGAAAAUCAAAGCAUUAUCUAUUAUUUAACACGUAUCUGUGUCCGAGGAAAAAUGAGGAAGGCGCUGCAUGAUUAGGACCUAAGGGGCAACCCAGCAAACUGAGAGCGUAAUGAUGCCCCUAAAUGAAGGGGGAAAUGUGCCGCGGCGCGCUCUAUUAAUCAGACUGUCAAUUUCACCCCCGAGGCCAAACCCCCGGGCGAACAGAACCGGCUCUGAGCGGGCAAAGGACCGGAGCCUUCCUCCUCACUUCUUGUCUCUUCUCGCCUCCUACCUGGAUCUAUUUGUCUGCUCCGAAGCUGCCUUCAUUACCCACUGACAGGAGCGUGUAUUUAUUUGCUUAUAAACCUGUUACAAUAAAUGAUUAUUCGAACGGCGUCAUUCGUACCUUAAUGACGAGCGAGCGCUACUUUUUGAUGAAUGACAUCUCGGGCUCGGAAGGAUGUAUGGGUCAUUUUGACCAGUCAUUCCCUCGCUCUGGCAUCCCACAAUUUUUCCGCCUCCCUCCAAAAGAGAUAAUAAUAUUUAGAGGCGCUCGCUGGGGCUGAAUGAGAAUUAGCCCUAGGCGCAGCCCAUCAUUAGGACGGGACAGCCGGGCCACUGUGACAUUUUUUAGAAAGCUGAGAUGAUGGAAAGAAUAAGAAAAGAGAUGAUUCUGAUGGAGAGGGGGCUGCACAGCCCCACGACCGGCAAGCGGUUCUCCAAUUUAUCCGAUUCGGCUGGCAAUGCUGUGCUCGAGGCCCUGGAAAAUUCGCAGCACCCGGCUCGCCUCAGCCCGCGCCUGCCGUCCGCCCCCCUGCACGGCGCUCUGGGAGACCUCCCUGCCAAGGGCAAAUUCGAAAUAGACACUUUGUUCAACCUGCAGCACCCGGGCAGCGAAAGCACCGUCUCCUCCGAAAUCUCGUCCGCCGCCGAAGGCCGUAAAAAGCCGGGUCAUUAUUCAGAGGCGGCCGCCGAGGCGGACAUGAGCAGCGACGUGGAGGUGGGCUGCUCGGCGCUGCGCUCCCCUGGCGGCCUUGCUGCCGCGCCGCUCAAGGAAAACAAUGGCAAAGGGUACUCGGAGAGCGGCUCAGCCGCGGGCACCACGACGUCUGCGUCGGGCUCCGGCCUUGGCAGCCUGCAUGGAGGCGGCGGCGGCGGCGGCGGCGGCGGCGGCGGCGGCGGCGGCGGCGGGGGCGCGUCGCUGGGCGGCUCCGGCUCUGGCGCGGAUCAGGUGCGGCGCUACCGCACGGCGUUCACCCGCGAACAGAUCGCGCGCCUGGAGAAAGAGUUCUACAGGGAGAACUAUGUGUCGCGGCCCCGCCGGUGUGAGCUGGCCGCUGCGCUCAACCUGCCCGAAACCACCAUCAAGGUGUGGUUCCAGAACCGGCGCAUGAAGGACAAGCGGCAGCGCCUGGCUAUGUCGUGGCCGCACCCGGCCGACCCCAGCUUCUACACCUACAUGAUGACGCACGCGGCCGCCACCGGAAGCCUGCCCUACCCCUUCCACUCGCACGUGCCGCUGCACUAUUACCCGCACGUGGGUGUCACGGCUGCGGCCGCGGCGGCUGCGGCCUCCGGCGCAGCGGCCGCGGCCUCGUCGCCCUUCGCCACUUCCAUCCGCCCGCUGGACACCUUCCGUGCCCUCUCGCACCCCUACUCCCGGCCGGAGCUGCUGUGCAGCUUCCGCCACCCGGGCCUCUACCAGACGCCCGCGGCCGCCGCGGGGCUCAACAGCGCGGCCUCGGCCGCCGCGGCUGCAGGCGGCGGCGGCGGCGCGGGGGCCGCCGGCGGCUCGGACUUCGGUUGCAGCGCCGCGGCUCCUCGCUCCGAGAGCGGCUUCCUGCCCUACUCAGCCGCCGUGCUUAGCAAGACCGCCGUGAGCCCGCCGGACCAGAGGGACGAGGCACCGCUCACCAGAUAACUACGUCGCCGCCGCCAGGGGGCCGUGCCCGGGGGUCCCCUGAGCGCCCCCGCGCCCUCCGCGCGCUUACGUGCCCUCUGCGCGCUGCCCGCUGCCAAAGCUGCCGCCAGGGGGCGCCCCGGCGCGGGAGGCCGAAGGGAACUUGCCCCGACCGAAUUGGGGGAAAGAGCCGCGCAAAAAACCCGGCGGUGUGCCCUCAAAUGAUUUCUAUUUUUGUAUUGGCUACCCAGCAGCAUCUUUUCCUCUAAGUGUUUCCCACCGCCCAUGCCCCGUUUCCCGCCUCUGUCCGGAGCUCUUGGUCUUCCCGAAGACAAUCCCCUCGCCCUCAAACUGGUCCUCAGAGGUCUGGGGUCCUGGCUGUAAGCCCUCCUGAACCACGUGGCCAGAAGCAACGGAGAGCCACAACAAAGAGAGGGGGGAAUGCUGUGCGCUAGUGCUUUGUGCGGAAGGGCAAGUCGCCCCCGAGGUUCCUGCGGCUGCUCUUUUUCUUCCAUGCUCUCUUUUCUUUACACGAGGGUGAGGGGAGGUGGCAAUUUUUCUCUCAGCCUGAGCUUGUUAGGGGCCCUGUCCGCGGGGAGCGGAGGAAGGGAGGUCUGAGAAGGCCAGGAGGGCGGACGGAGAGCGCGGGCGGCUGCGGGUGUUCGUGAGAUGGUUUACCGCGUGCGGGAGCAAGGCCGGCGGGGGCCCUGGCGGUCUUUCCUGCCCGGGGAAGGGCAAAGCCGAGGCAGGAAGGAGUGGUGGUCUCGCUUCCCCUCUCGGCCCUCCGCUGUUCUCUCUUUUGAUCUUUUGGUGUGGGAUGCCGGCGUCUUGCAUAUUUUAAGCAAAAAGCAAUGGCUAAUAAGGGUGCCACAGCCUGGCCAGAAAAGGAAAGAGAAACGAAAGAAUGGGGAGGGGUAAGAUUGACAGAUCGUUGUAAUGUUUGAAGAAGCGUUUCCAGCUCAGUUUUCCAACUACCGGGUUCCACUCGAUCUGGGAAAUACUUGAAUCUCUAGAUAUAUAUUAUCCUGAAGCAUUUCCUUAGACACUUUUCUAAGUUCGAACUCGAUUCCCCUCACUCCUUCCCCUCCUCGUUUUCCUUUUGCUCGGGCAAAAUGGUUCUUGGCAUCUUUCUCACGCAUGUCUAUUGCGCUUUCGCCUCUGCAAAGCCACGGAUGGGUUGCUGAGACCCAUUCUGCCAACCCCGGCUACUGGAGGGGUUUCCUUGAACUUGAAGAAAGGCACAUCAAAACCCACCAGUGUUAACUGCCACGUCAAUUUUGAUGCUAAUAAUGUGCAGAUUAUGACGAAAAUUGCCAAUCAUGCUCUCUGAUGGACCUCCUUUGAAUGUGGAAUUGGAGAAAAGUUCCCCGCACGGAGACCUGCUGUCAAGUACUAACAACCCGCUAAGGGAAGUCAUUAGGAGAGACGGAUAAGAGACUCGGUACAUAAAACAUUGUUCUUGGUGCAUAGAAUGUAUGUUACUUAAUGUUAUCUCUGUUACCUGAAGUGAUUUCGCAGAAGAAAGCCACGUUCUUAUCAUCUCAAUUGCCAAUUUUCAUUUUGGUAACUCGGACGCCCUGGGUAGACUUUUCUCUGUUAAGUUGAUAUUCCACCAAUGUGAACAGCCUCAUUAAAUCAAGCCCAGAUAUUUCCAUAAUGCUCCCCGCAGAGCCACUUCGCUCCUCACAUAAUGAGAUUUUCUGAAGAGUUGAAGCCCUAAAAUAACUUGCUAGUGCAUGUUUAGACCCAAUGAAGUGGGUAUGUGUGUGUAUUAAAAUGUAGGUGUGCUACCUACAUAUCCUUGUGUAUAUAUGUAUGUAUAUAUGUAUAUGUAUGUAUAUACAUAUAUAUCCAUUCUCUUAAGCACAUACAUAUGUAAGAGAUGCGCACACAUUCAUAUAUACCCAUUGGCACUAUUUUCUGUGAUUUAUUUCAAAUUCGUGUUCUGACAUUUUUGUUAUUUUAAAGACACUGGAUUUUAAAAAUUCAUUUCCUAAAAAUAGGCUUUCAGGAAACUUUUGAGAAAAUUCAUUUUCCAGGAGAAUUUAUUGUUUUCAUCAAAUGGAAAAUAUUUCAAGGGGAAACAGUGUUUCAAAACUCCUGGGGUCUAUUAAAAUAUUCCCGUAAAAUAUUAGAGAACUUCCUAAUGAAAUAGAAAUGAUCUACAGCUCAACUUUUUGUUUUCUUUUUUCUUUAAAGAGAUGAGACUACUUAUGUUAAAUAUUGAUUAUGCCAGCUGUUACUGAGUUUACAUUAAAAUAUUAAUAUAUAAUUUAAGGCUAAAUAAAAUAAACCAAAAUAUGGUACCCUUUUAUCAGCUUUACCUUUAUAGAUUGUUAAAGUCCUUUCUUACGAUCAGCUAUCAGAUGUAUAUAAGGUACUCUAGGCAAUAAUGUUUACAUUUCCCCCCAAAAUAUAUAUGAUUGAUGAGAAUGCUGGUUGGUAAAAUGAACAUAAAUUCAUCUUAUGUUAGGUCCGUUGGAUCUGGUUAUUAUAUUAAAAUAAAACUGUAAAUAAAGUCUCCGUGCUUUAAAUAUUGCUGGCUGUAUGAACUCACUGUAAGAUAUUUUACAAAUGUGCAAUAAUUAUAAAGCUUUGUAUAUUACAUUAUUUAUUGUGUUUGGUCAUGUAAAAUAAAUGUUAUUUAAAUCAAA